CCGGCAUCAGCGCUUCGGCUUUGUUGCUAUUGCUGUUGACGCGUUGCCUGCCGUUAUCAGUUGUUGUCGACUCAACCCUGUUACGCAUGUCCAUUGUCCCCUUUGUUCUUUGUAAUCUUCUCUUUUAGCAAUAUCAAGUUCAGCUGUUGCAACUGUAACCAUUGGCUCCCUGAAUCCCUGCAUCUUCUUAAACUUUUCCAGUUUAAUUGCCUUCUUUAUUUUAGCAGUGGCGGACGAUAUCAGUUCCCAGCUAGAUUUGGCGAAGCAUCAGUUGUCGGCCGGUACUUUCACAUCGUCCAUUACCUGAAUAUGUGUGUCGUUCUGCCUCAAGCAACAACGUCAAAACAACAUUGCGGCGGACUGUUAAGACGCCUAAAAUCAACGUUAAAUUGUGCGAAAUAUCUGCAGUAUCGGAUUAUCGAAUUCGUUGAUGCCAAGGAAAUCUGAAGCGCGCCUGUCAUGGUUGUGAAGUGGUUGAACGUGCAGUAACUGGCAGCCGCCUCUGAGGUCGACACCCCAGACGUACCUAUCAACGUCUUUAGGUCCAAGCGAAUGGGCGAAACCAACCAUGUGGGCUCCCUCGGAGGAGGCUUCAAUGAAAACACCAAUGAGGCAAACAAAGUUGCUGAAAAUUCCGAGCUUCGUGAAUCAGCAACGGAAAAUUAUGGAAGAGAGGGCCCAGCUGGAUCUGACGUGUCGGAGAUGCAAGUCGAGCUUACGCCUCUGCUGUCUAACAGUAUUCGAAUUUUCCAAAGUAUCAAUCUGAACAUGGCCAGCGUUUCUCUAGGCCUGACCCUGGCCAUAGUAGGUCCAACGCUCUUGGACGUAUCCGAGAUUCUCGGAAUCUCCGUGGCUCAAAUGAGUUACGUCGCGUUCUCGGGUGACUUUGGAGCGUUCAUAGGCUCAUUUCUCGCAACUCCGCUGUUUACCAUGUUUAACGCACAGUGCGUGAUCAUCAUAUGCAUGUUAUGCUGUGGAAUCUUCAAUAUUCUCAUCCCGCACGGUAGUACGCCGCUAAUCGUGGCCACCUUCGCCUUCCUGAAUGGCUGCUUCUUCGGUGUACAGGAAAUUGGUGUGUACGUAUGGCUGGUUGGUAUCUGGCGUGACCACGUUUCGCCUGCCAUCCAGUUAUUGCAUCUGAUGUACGGGAUUGGGGCCCUAGUCGCCCCACUUAUUGCAGAGCCAUUUCUCAGCAGUGAAAUGACCAUGUAUGAUGCGGUAAUGACCACCGAGGAUAAUAGUACUUCUGCGCUAGUUACAACAGGUAACGUCAUUGCGCAGACUUCGCGCGUGUACAUCCCAUAUGGGAUCAUCGGCUGUAUCUUUCUUCUUACAUCUGUACUAAUGAUGAUAUCGUUCUACCUCGACUCACGCGACAUUCGGCCUCAGAAGAAAGCGAGAAACUCCGCCACACUUUAUAUAUCGAGUAAAAUGUUUGAAUGGUCUCUUGUUUGUCUCGUUGGCUUUUACACCCUAAUCGAUGUGACGCUGGAGGCUUGUUUCUCUAAAUUUAUCUCGGUGUACGCGGUUACCGAGCACGGCUUCACAAAGUCUGCGGCUGCCUUCCUUACGUCGCUGUGCUAUGGGGGUUUUACAGCCGCUCGAGUUCUGGCCGUUCCCUUAUCGUAUCAUUUGAGCCCAAUGCAUUUAAUGAUAAUCGGUCAAUGCAUCCUUCUCCUGGCCGCCACAGCCCUGGUGUUUCUGACACACUGGACCCCAUGUGUACUUUGGGUUGGAUGCUGUUUACUCGGCGCUGGCCUGUCACCUUUGUACGGCUCGUGUACGGCAUGGGUGUCUAAUCAUGUGACAUUGUCACACAACUACAUGAGUGUUAUUUUGAUCCUGACCUGUAGCGGAGCUUUGCUUCUCCCCAUUAUCGUAGGCCAUUACAUCGAAACGAACCCUUCAUUGUUAAUGUACGUAGUGCUAGUAUGCGGAAUAAUCAUGUCUGUUAAUCUCGCUAUCAUGCAUCUAACCGUAACCCUGUUUCAUAAGGAUCACGAGGUGACCCAGUCUGGUUUUGAUAAAGUCCGUCGAUCUGGUCUUUAGAUCGAUUUUUUAAUGACCGAAAUAGAGAUGUCUUUCAUUGAUGACCGAAAUUGCCGAUUUAAAGCAAAUACACUAGCUAACGUAGGUGUCGCUAACA